AUGUCUACUGCCGCAGACAAUCUCGCCGACACCCUGGCUCAAACCUCCCUCAACGACACCAACGGCGACGCCCACGUCGACGCCGCUGCUGCCAGUGCUGAUGAGGGUCGUCGGCUCUACAUUGGGAAUCUCGCAUAUGCGACCACUGAGGGGCAACUCAAGGAGUUUUUCAACGGCUACACCAUUGAAAGCGUUGCUAUCCCUGUGAACCCUCGUACCAACCGUCCUGUAGGCUAUGCCUUUGUUGACCUAGUCACCGCCCAUGAAGCCCAGGACGCUAUUCAACAGCUCUCCGGCAAAGAAAUCCUUGAGCGCAAGGUGUCCGUCCAAGUUGCUCGCAAGCCCGAACCCGCUGAAGCCAAGGAAGGUGCGGUGAGUGGCGGUGAAGGUGCCAGCGGUGGAGAGGGUCGCAAGAGGGGCCUUAACCGUGGACGUGGCCGUGGCCGCGGCCGUGGUGGCCGUUUCGCCCGCGGUGGUCGUCCCCGCACUGAAGCUCAAAACGACGAGCCUGAGGCUGCUGUGCCAACCAACGUUCCUGGCCAGGCCAUUCCCUUGACUGAGGCUGCUACCGAGAACGAGGCUGCUAAAGAAGCUAAGGCCCGUGCUUCCCGUGCUCAGAAGCAGCGUGGCCCUCCUGAGGAUGGCAUUCCUUCCAAGACCAAGGUUAUGGUUGCCAACCUUCCUUACGACCUCAACGAGGAGAAGCUCAAGGAACUUUUCAAGGAUUACGAACCCGUGUCCGCCAAGAUCGCUCUUCGCCCUAUUCCUCGCUUCAUGAUUAAGAAACUCCAGGCUCGCAACGAACCCCGCAAGGGCCGUGGUUUCGGAUUCGUUACUUUGGGAUCUGAAGCUCUCCAGGAGAAGGCUGUCCUGGAAAUGAACGGAAAGGAAAUUGAAGGACGUGAAAUUGCUGUCAAGGUUGCCAUCGACAGCCCCGGCAAGGAAGAUAUUAUUCCUGGUGAAGGCGAGGAGCAGGCCGUUGAGCCCUCCGCCGAGGAAGCCACUGCUUAA